CUGUCGAUAGCGCAGAGCAUCCACACACCGCAAGUGUGCCGUGGUCGAACUGUUUUCUACAAAAGAAUCGCAGUUACUGUGGCUUCAAGAUCGAAAUCGACCAAAUACAGUUGUCAACAUCAUCUAGUUGCAUUGUAAAUCGUUGAAAGAAUAAGAGCUCGAUAAAAAUCGAAUAGACGCGGCAACUGUGUAUAUUCAGUCUUGCUGGGCCGGGCUUGGGGAAACAUCAGACAAUCGAGGACACAGUAGUGCUGCCGCUCAGCUAACAUACGGCGAACCCGGCAACUAGUUUACAGCACGCCAGCUUAGUGGUGUCAGUUAGUGAAUAGCGAUAGGUAUGGCCUCUGCGAAAGAUACGGCUACGUUCUUUACCCACGGCACCUGUCAACAUUUUGAGCAGGUUCUCAAAUUAUAUCCGCAAGCUCUACGACUGAAAGCAGAUAGGAAAGCUAAGAAACCCGAGGAACUGAUCAAAUUAGACAAUUGGUACCAAAAUGAAUUACCAAAAAAAAUUAAAAGUCGUGGAAAAGACGCUCACCUCGUCCACGAGGAAUUGGUACAAUGCAUGAAAUGGAAACAGACGAGAGGAAAAUUUUUUCCUCAGUUGUCUUAUUUGGUUAAAGUGAAUACCCCGAGAGCUGUAGCUGCGGAAACGAAAAGAGCCUUUAGAAAAUUACCAAAUCUAGAAUUGGCAAUGUCUGCGUUAUCUAAUUUAAAAGGUGUCGGUACAACAAUGGCUUCUGCACUAUUAGCAGCGGCAUGUCCGGAAAGCGCCCCCUUUAUGGCCGAUGAAUGUUUAAUGGCCAUACCAGACAUCGAAGGUAUAGAUUACACGACCAAGGAGUACCUGAAAUUCGCCAAUCACAUCAAAUCAGUCGCCGAUAGGUUGAACAAAGCCGCCGAAGAAACUGAAAGACCAGACGCUGUUCGUUGGUCACCGCACAAAGUCGAAUUGGCGUUAUGGACGCAUUACGUCGUUUCCGAACACAAACCAGAAUUGCUAUCUAGUAUUUUCGCCGGUAGUCCUUUAGAAAACGGAAACGCCGUUCCGAAACCGGUUGUAGUAGUACAUCAAAACGGCGAUUCGAUAGAUCCCGCGACGUCAGACGAAAGCAACCAAGGUCCUUUGAAUGGAAAAACUAUCUUGGACGAAGACACUACCACCACCUCGUUUACGGAUAACAGUCCGCCGUCAUUGGAUCAGAACGAAGAGACAAACGACAGUGUCGUUUCUGGAUCAGAAGAAUUGAGCAAAGAUUCUCUAGGUUCGACGGACAGUAUCGGGGAGGCGACGAAACGGCCGUACGAAGACACCACCACCACCGUCCAACCGGCGAGCAAGAAAUUAAGAGAAGAUGUACAAGCUAAGUGACAAAUACGUAAUUACCUAUAAUUUUUUUUUACUUUUUCGUUUUUAAGUAUAGUAUCUAAAAGGAAAACACAUUUUGUAAGAAGUUUCAUUAUUUAAAUUUCCCCCCUGUAUUUUCCGUUGUUUUAAUUAAUAGAAAUCGAUUCCCGAAGUUUUUCCACAAACUAAUUUUCGAAAAUAUUCUGUAUAAUCGAUAUACGAUGAAAAAAAGCUGGCUGUGAACGUAUUUCUAGUUUUUUUUUCUUUUCUUUUGGUGAUCACUUUUGUAAAACGCUCGGUAUAUAUUUUACAUUAUUUUUUUUCAUCAUUUUCUCACAUCAAAACUGUUGAAUUUAAACAAAUUCGUGUUAUUAUACAGAAUAGGGAAAAUUAAUUCGCGUUUAUAUAAAAUCGAAAUCGGAAAUAGUUUGUGCGAAAAAAAAACGAGACGAAAUGUUCUCUGUAACGAUUUUUUUUAUUUGAUACUCAAAUUGGAAAAUGUCGAUUUUUCUGGAAAUAAAAUUGUUUUAUCCGGCUCGAAGGACCAUAAAUGUUUAUUAUUCGAUUUUUGAUUUGUUAUUCUUUUGGUAAGAGUGACUUAGAGGCGAUUUCAUAAUUUUACCAACUAUUUUCUAGGGUUACCGUUUUCCUUUCACUUUUUGGUCUUUUUGCUUUCGAAUAUAUCGCAGAAAUUAGAGUCUUAAAUCAUUUUAAAUGAAUUCACAGCUUUAACUAGCAAUGUUUUAGAGCCUCUAUUCUUGUCAGGUGAUGCGGAAUGAGCCUGAGGGUUGCUGUUUUACACAUUUCGCCCAUUUUCACAUCAAUUAGAGCCUUGGAUCAUCUUUGUCACAUUUUUGGCUCUUACUACCAAUAUUAGAGCCGAUAUUCUUGUUGGGUGAUACAAAACGAGUCAAAGCUUUGUCAUAUCGAAUUUUUCUUUCACAUUUUAUCUGUUUUUUCAAAAUCUAAUGUUUAUUUUAAUACGAACCAGAAUCCGAAAUCAUCUUUAAUGAAUUUUGGGCUCAUAUAAACAAAAUUAGAGCCUCUACUUUUAUUGGGUGAUGUGAAAUUAACUCAAGCAUUAUCGUAAUGACUGUUGUUUUUCACAUUUUGGUUUUUUAUUUUAGAAUAUAUUGUUAAUUUUAACAUCAACCAGUAUCCCGUAUCAUUUUUAAUGACCGUUUAGUUCUUACUACCAAUAUUGGAGUCUCUAUUUUUGUUGGAUGUUGCAUAUUGAACUCAAGCCUUGUCCUUUCACAUUUUGGUCUAUUUAUCAAAAAUAUUGGUAAUUUUGACAUCAACCAGUAUAUUUUGUUUUUUAGUAGUAAAAUCAGAGGGAGAGUGUUUCUUCCACAUUUUUGUCUUUUUUUUUAAAUAUAACGCUCUUUUCUAGGUCAAUUAGAAUCCUGAAUCAUUUUAAACGAAUUUCUAGCUCCUACCAGUAAUUUUAUUGGUUGAUGCAAAAUUAACCCUAACAUUGCCUUGAUGACUUUUUCUUUCGCGUUUUUUUUCUAUUUUCAACUAAUUUUCGAUACAAAAGAGGGAUAUAAAUAUUAACAACAUCUUUUUUGGUUUUACAAAAAGAAUUAGAGCCUUUUGAUUUUUUUUUCUACAAAACCCACAUUGUUUUUAAGAAAAUAAAUUUUAUUUCUAGAAGAAUUAAGAAAUACUUUUAUUCAUGGAUUAUUUUUGUUUUUUAAUAAUACAUUUAGUCGUUUACGAAAUUUUUGAUACUGUUCUCUAUCAUCCCCUAAUAUAUUACCAUUACUAGGGUAGUUAAGUAAUUUAUUUGUUUCUUUUAAUGUAUUCCUUCUAACUUAGGCAUUCUUUUAUGAACUAAAAAAAUAUAUAUAUGAGAGGUACAUUCCACUAUUUCAGUUGGGCUUAAACAAAAAAAAAUAAUACUGAAUGUCUCAUUGUAAUUUUCAAUGUUCCGGUUCCGAAUAUUUCCUCAAUUAGAUGUUACACUAUCUUCAAAACUAUUUAUUCGAGAAACGAAAUAUUGGGACACCCAGUAUACAUGAUAAGUUGCAUUUGUAAUCUUGUACAUAAUAUAAUAUAUAUAUUGAUACAUUCUUUUAUUUUAUAGCACUGGUUUAUCAUUUCUUUUUUUUUCUUUACGUAUUUCGCCCACUUCAAAACUUACAUGGUUAGGCAACGUAGCUCAGAUCCAAAUUUAAAACAAAACCACUAGAACUUGUAAUUUAAACGUUUCUUCAUGAAAUAUCUAACUCUGUAACCAGAAUAUGCUUACUAAACAACUACGUUAACUUAGCUGAUCAAUUCAAAUAUUGUUUGUUGUAAUUUAGUUAGAAAAUCCCUGCUACUUAGUUAGAAUACCGUUCAAUGAUUAGUUAGAUCAAUUUUGAGGGUCAUUUACUUGGGAUACGGUUGCUAAUUUAUUACAACAUUGUAUAACCUAUCAGUUUUAGUAAUAAAAUAUUUAUUGAAUUAGUUAAAGUACCAUUGAGUAACUACAACAACUUAACUGAUCAAUUAAAAUAUUAUUUGCUCAUUAGUUAAAAUUAAAAUUAGAAAAUCCCUGCCGAUUAGUUGAAAUACCGUCUGAUAAACGGUUAUAAGGUCGUAGCUAAUCGGUCUGUUAUUACUAUUGAUUAGUUAGUUAUAAAAUCGAUAAAAUAUUGUUGUUGAUCAGUUAAUUAGUAAACUUUGUUCUUUUUUACCGAUUAGCUAAAAUACCAUGAAAUAAUGAUAAUAUCUUAACUGAUCAAUUGAAUAAACGUAGUUAAUUAGCUAUAGCAUCGUCGCCAAUCGAAAUACCUUUGAUCCUGAUUAGUUAAAAUAUUGUAGCUGGUCAUUUAAAUAGUGUUGCUGAACAAUUUUUAGUAUCAGUUGUUGCUAAUUAUACCACGAGUCACAUAUUUUAUAGAUUUUUUUUAAUUAUAAUUUUUAUGCAGGUUUUAUUGGGUUUUUUAAUAUUAUGGUAUGUAAUAGUAGGGAGAAGCUACGUUGCUAACUGAAAUUUGAUUUUAUGAAAUCGUAUAAGGUACAAAUAAAACGCAGAACGAUUUUGUAAUUUCGAUUUAUUAAUAAUAAUAAUAAUAAUAAAUAGCAAAGCUCCGUUUUUGUUAUAAAUAUUUAUAUAUAUACAAACACUAUAUAUAUAUAUAGAGAGACAACAAAUAACUGAAUGCCUUUUAUCAAAUAUUGUAGUGUAUACACUUUUACAUAAAAAAAAAAAUAAAUACUAGAUAAUAAUUUUUUUUUGAAUAUUCAUUAUGUUAUACGCCCUGUUCGAUUCUCGCGAAUUUGAAAAAAAUUAAACGGGCGUGUGUACAUAGAGUGGUUAUUUUAAAGAAAAAAAAAACGGAUUUUGAAAAUCUCGUUCGUACUACAUUUUAUUUUUUAUAAUUUCAAAAAUGCCUCUCGUCACGCUUCUUCGAAUUGAGAUCUUCAAUAUCCGACACAUUAUUUAAUGUAAAAAAAAAUAUCAUUUGUAGAUGAGUUUUGAGGUUUUGUAGGAUAUUUUCAUAAAUAUAAAUAUUUCACGGC